CUUCAGUGGGUUUCUUAACAAGCUCACUAGACUCAUGAUCUCAGGUGAAACGCCACUCUAGUGAAGAGACAGCUGGCGGUGUCUGCGCUUUAUCAGCUGAUGCUGGGAAAGUGUGAGCUGGAAAAUUCAACAGCAAUUAUAAAAAAGUUCAGAAGGAGUUCAGAAGGAGACGGUCAGCGCCCGGCUUCUCGUUUUGCCAUCAGCUCCAGAUAACCUCACUUUUCAGCCAGUAGUUGGGGGUGUAACGGCACAUCGUGUCACUGAUUGGUUGAGAACAGAAGCUCCUCCCCCUGAUGUGACCAACAUCCCCAUAUAUCUGUGGGCUGCAACCUCCCCUCCCCUCACACUCCAGUCUGCUCAUUGAUCACAGACUGACAUCAUGCUGUUCACUCUGGGCACCUUCAUCACAGCUCUGGCAUGUAUCAGCGGCCAAAGGAUUGUCACUCAAAAACCCUCCUUACUGACUCUGAGUAAAGGAGAAACGGCCACCUUGCACUGUCAGAAACCUGAAGAUGAUGGCUAUCGUAUUCACUGGUACAAGCAGGUCCCAGGAGGAGCUCCCCAGUUCGUCCUGUAUUACUACCGUACUAAUAGAUCUCACACAUAUGGAAGUGAAUUCUUCUCCAGCCGCUUCACCUCCAGAGCCCAGUCCAACACAGAUUAUCAGUUAGUAAUAAGCAGCGUGGAGGUGGACGACUCUGCUGUGUAUUACUGUAAGAAAUGGUUUAGCUCUCCCACUGAAGCAGUAUUCGGACAAGGCACUAAACUGAUCGUCAGCGACCCCUCCCUGGAGGCUCCCUCACUGAGUCUCCUCCCUCCAUCCAGCGAGGAGCUCAAGACAGGUAGAGCCACACUGGUUUGCCUGGCUAAGAUGUCUGCUGCAUUUGCCGACGUCAGCUGGACGUACAACGGGGGGCCACUAACCGAUGGAGUUUUCACCAGCUCUGCUACACAGCAGGCAGAUAAAACCUUUGGUCUGAGCAGCUUCCUGAGUGUGAAGCCCUCAGAGUGGGACAGUGUGAGUGGUGUGACAGUGGUCACCCAGAAGCCUCCUUCUCUGACAGUGAAUCAAGGAGGGACAGUGACUAUGGACUGUAACCUUGGGACAGUCACUGACAGUGUUGCUCGCUGGUACAAGCAGGUCCCAGGUGGAGUUCCCCAGUUUGUGUUGAGGUUUUACCAUACAUGGAGCUCCCCCAGCUAUGGGACAGGCUUCUCCUCCAGCCGCUUCACAUCAAACCACCAGAGUACAUCAGAUUAUCGGUUGAUCAUCAACACAGUGGAGGUGGGAGACUCAGCAGUUUAUUACUGUCACACAUGGGACGACUCUGCUAAGGAACAUGUAUCACAGUGA